CCCUGCCCGAACCCCCCCUGGGCCCCUCCUCGAGCCCGCACCCAGGGGCUGUCCGGUCCCGUCCGGUCCCGUCCCGUCCCAGCGCUGUCUCGGAGCAGCCGGGAGCCGGCGCUGCCGGGAGGAGGUGGCGGAGCCCUGUCCUGGCCUCUCCCUGUGGGACCGGUGAAAUCAUUGUCAUUACGGCUCCGGCCCGGACCCGUUAAAUGGGGUCUCAGGUGCCACUGGAACCCCGGGGCCGUGACUCAGGCCCCGUGUUCAGUGGAGUUGCUCCUGAAAUUAUCGAGGAUACACUGAUCCACUUGGCCACGGAGAAUGAGCAGUACCUGAGCGAGCUGCCAGAGCAGGCUGGGUGCUUCAAAGAGACACGGAUCGUAGAGUUUAUAUUCCUUUUGUCUGAAAAAUGGCACUUGAACCACUCAACACGGUACCAGGCAGUGGAGUUACUGGAAAGGUUUAUGCUCAAGCAAGUAGAACAGAUGUGUGAUGACAGAGGGAACACUAAAGGCUGUGGCCAAGGCCAGAAGAGCAGCUGGAGCUCUGUGAAGGAUCAGAUAGUCAACACCUUUGUCCUGCGACUCGUGUCGUGUGUUCAGCUCGCCAGCAAACUCUCUCUGCACUACAGUAGAGUGACCAGUGACACAGCUUUAAAAUUUCUGCAAUCCUUAAAAUACUCCUACACUAAACAGGAAUUGCUGGAGUCGGAGCUUGCUGUUUUAAACACUCUGCACUACCAGAUCAAUGUGUCAACUCCGUUGGCCUACGUGGAAUUGCUUCUGGAGGUUCUAGGAUACAAUGGCUGCUUGCUUCCUGCCAAGCCCUUACACCAGCUGUGUGUGCAGCUGCUGGACUUUUGCUACCUGACCAGAGAGACCAUCUACGACACUCUGCUGAAGAUUGCCAUCGACAACUCCACACCAAGUGAGCUGCAGAUAGCCAAGUUUUUAACAGUGAAGGAAGAUUUCAUGCUCUUGGCUGUUGGAGUCAUCAGCACAGGUGUGUUCAUCCUGAGCCUCAGGCACUGGGAUCAGGUUGUGGAGCAUUUAAACUGCAUCACUGGCAUUACUUCACAAAGCAUCCUGGAGUUCUCCUACGCUGUGGUGAAGCGCAUAGUGGGCAGCACCACACCUGAGCAGCACCGUGGGAACUGUGGAACCAAAUCUCCUGAGGACAGAAUUCUGCCUCAGACGUAGAACCACCCUGUCCAUCCAGUCACUGGCCCAGAGCAGGAACUGUCACACUGCUGACACCAGUCCCUCCUCUGUGACACUGCCCAGGCACCCAGCACAGCUCAGGAUUACCUGAAUUCUGGAACAGCCCGUCAGUCACGUGUUAAUUAGCGAGGCUCGUCCUGCUAGGCAUCACUCCUGCUCUGAAGAGACCCAACAGUGUUCAGAAAUGCUCUGAAAACUUUACUGUAAGAGCUGCAUCUUUUAAGUUUUGAAUCUAAGUUUCCUUUGACCAAAGAGACCCCUCGGAGUAGUUGUGUUUGGGAAGUAUUGCCAUGCCUGGCUCUCCUGGGACAGGGAUUGCUGGGACCAGCUCUCACACCUGUGUUACAAAUGGAGCUGUGCUGUCUCCUCUUGCUGCUUUUAUAAAACUCCUGUCUCAGCUGCCUGUGAUUGUCCCCUCUGUGCCAGCACCUGCAGCUGUUUGCUCCUGCCCUCUCACAGCCAGCAGUGACCAGUGCUGUGAUGAGCACACUGUGCUGUGCCUGUCACCACAGCAGUGCCCAGCCUGUGUGUCCUGAGUGCCAGAGCUUUGUGCUGUGGGAGGCACUGCUGGCUGGAAACACCUGGAGUGUGGAAUAUUUCAUUGUUCCCUCGCUGCAGCCCUGUGCAGGAACAGGCUGCAGGAGGGAUUACAGUGCUGUAAUGUUGUUAUACACUUGUCAAGUUCACUAACAAAAAGAAGUGAUAAUAUGACUUACAAAAUACUUUAUUUCAAACUGUAGUGCUCUUUAAUGACCAGGCAGAGCUCUGGCAGUUUUCCCACAUCAUUCCCCAUGUUUGUAACAUUCUGCUUUUCCCGCCUUCCAUGAGCUGUAACAGAGCAGCAUCAAACUGAUGGGUGUUCUGAAGUCUGACAAUGAUUUACAUGCAUGGCCACAAACCCCAAAAAUAAGAGUGCAGAACACAUUUAAUAGCUGGGUUUUAUUCUGUUCAGCUUGAUGAUACAACUUUGCAUAUUGCUUUUCUAUAAACUACAUGUAAAUAAUGGUAUUUUUAUUAAAGUGUCUUGUGGAUUUUUGGUAUUGUAAA